AGUACACAUAUUUGCCGAGUCUGCGUUGGGAUGCUUAUGCCGUCACUAAUCUCAUCUGGUGCGAUUUAUUCGUAACAAUAGAUCUGCUUAUCGGGGUCUGAAUCGCCCGCCAGUAGCUGAAAGAUGCGCCUGACUCAGUGAUAAACUGGUACUCCAACGGGAUAGGUAAUACCCGUAGCGCUUCACUCAUGCACAUCCUUUGGUGGGUCAUUCUGGGAGUGUUCGUAGGCGGUGGUAGGGUACGUGCUUACAAUGUGUCCUUAUCGCUUAUCCCCCAGUCUGUGGUUGUAACAUUCGGUGAAACGGCCAGUUUUAACAUUGAAGCCAGUGGAUAUGUAUCAUCCCGAUUUGAUUUGCAACUGUGCUGGCCCCAAGAUGCAGCAAUGCAGAUUGAAUCCAAUCAAACCAUUUCUUUCGUGGAAGGCUGGAACAAUCAUUCUAUCUCGCUGUUGAUAGAACCGGUAAAACAGGGACGCUUCAUCGUACAACCAUGGGUAGAACCGGAAGGAGUAGUGGACGAUACGCGGCUAUUCCUGCUGAUCAAAGUGGCUAUGUUUAAACCAUUGAUGAUCAUAUCAUUGAUGGUUGGAUGGGCCUACACUGCCUGCUGGUCUGCGGGUUAUUACCCCCAGAUUUGGCUGAACUAUCGUCGGAAAAGUGUGGUCGGACUAAGCUUUGACUUUUUGUACAUCAACAUAGUGGGACACAUAAGCUACGUGGUGUUCAAUGUGUUCCUUUACUGGAAUACCUUUGUGGAGGACGAGUACUACCAACGCCAUCCCUUUGGACUGAACCCGGUCAUUGGAAAUGAUAUAGGAUUUGCGGUACACGCCGUGUUCGGUACCGGGUUUACCAUAUUCCAGUGUUGGAUAUACGAAACUGGUGGAAACAGUGUAUCCAAACCGGCGAAAUCGAUCAUCGUUACCUACUUUCUCAUCAUCUUUGCGACGAUGGGCUGUGCUAUAUGGAAUGUCAUGCAUUGGUUAGAUUUCUUGUAUGUGCUUAGCUAUAUUAAGCUCUCCACUACCAUGAUCAAAUACUUUCCGCAAGCUUACAUGAACUAUCGUCGCAAGAGUACGGAAGGGUUUGAGAUCAUGAAUCGAUUACUAGAUCUCGCUGGUGGACUGUUCAGCAUACUGCAGAUGGUUAUAAAUGCUUGGAAUUUCGAUGAUUGGAGAUCCAUUGGAGGCGAUCCGGUUAAAUUUGGUUUGGGGAUCUUCUCUAUCCUAUUCGAUCUGGUGUUCAUGUUCCAGCAUUACAUUCUAUACAGAAAACGAAGCGUUAAAGUCCCGGCAGAGUUGCCAAUGCUUCCAAAAUGACCGCAUUUGAAUUAUGCUGUGAUAUAUUCCAAUUACUGCCCGAUUAGGGUCACAAUAAACAUCCUCGACCGUGCUUUGGUUUGUUUCAUCGUA